AUGAGGAGGAUGACCCUCGCGGAGCGCAAGGCCCUCAAGGGCAGGGGCACCAUACAACCAACCUACAAGCACACAGAUUGGGCGCACGCAUGGUGCGACCCCACCCUCCGCCCCAUCCGCGAAGAAGGAAGAGGAGCAGAGGAGAGAGGAGGAGAGGAGAGGGGAGGUGGAGAGGAGGAGAAGAGGGAAAACUUUCCCUUUCUGGACUAUGUCGUCCCCUCGUCAACGGGGCAACUGGGGUUGGAGGCGCUGCAGAAGUAUCUGGACGGUCAUCAGAUUGGCGUAGUCGGCGGUUGGUGGGCGGCGAACUUUUGGGGCUGGGCCGGCGGCGACCGAGCCAGCGAUUCGUAA